AUGGCUGAUGCGUUGUCUGUGAUUCCAACAGCGGUUCUUCGUAACCUCUCCGAUAAGCUCUAUGAAAAGCGGAAAAAUGCGGCUCUUGAGGUGGAAGGGAUAGUGAAGCAAUUAGCGUUGGCAGGAGAUCAUGAUAAAAUCACUGCGGUGAUCAAUUUGUUGACCAAUGAGUUUACCUAUUCGGCGCAGGCAAAUCAUCGCAAAGGAGGGUUGAUAGGAUUGGCUGCAGCAACAGUAGGUUUGACGUCGGAAGCUGCACAGCACCUUGAGCAAAUUGUACCACCAGUCUUAUUUUCCUUUUCUGAUCAAGAUAGCAGAGUUCGUUAUUAUGCAUGUGAAGCACUGUAUAACAUAGCAAAGGUUGUGAGAGGAGAUUUUAUUGUGUUCUUCAAUCAGAUUUUUGAAGCUUUGUGUAAGCUUUCUGCUGAUUCAGAAUCCAAUGUACAAAGUGCUGCUCAUCUUUUAGAUAGACUUGUAAAGGAUAUUGUUACAGAGAGUGAUCAAUUCAGUAUUGAAGAAUUUAUACCACUGUUAAGAGAACGAAUGAAUGUCCUAAACCCUUAUGUGCGCCAAUUUCUGGUAGGAUGGAUUACUGUUCUAGACAGUGUUCCGGAUAUAGAUAUGCUUGGUUUUCUUCCUGAUUUUCUUGAUGGCUUAUUUAACAUGCUAAGUGAUUCCAGCCAUGAAAUAAGACAACAAGCUGAUUCAGCACUUUCAGAAUUUCUUCAAGAAAUAAAAAAUUCUCCAUCUGUAGAUUAUGGUCGCAUGGCUGAAAUACUGGUACAGAGGGCAGCUUCAAAGGAUGAAUUUACUAGGUUGACGGCUAUUACUUGGAUCAAUGAGUUUGUGAAACUUGGCGGGGAUCAACUAUUCCCUUAUUAUGCUGAUAUUCUUGGAGCCAUUCUACCCUGCAUAUCAGACAAGGAAGAGAAAAUAAGAGUUAUUGCUCGUGAAACGAAUGAAGAACUUCAUGGAAUUGAGGCUGAUCCAGAUGAAGGAUUUGAUGUAGGAGCAAUCCUCUCAGUAGCAAGGAGGCAUCUAUCUAGUGAAUGGGAGGCAACACGUAUUGAAGCAUUGAACUGGAUAUCAACCCUUUUAAAUAGGCAUCGAUUGGAGGUUCUGUCUUUUUUGAAUGACGUCUUUGAUACUCUUCUGAAGGCACUUUCAGAUCCUUCUGAUGAGGUAGUUCUUCUAGUACUUGAGGUGCAUGCAUGCAUAGCCAAAGACGACAAGCACUUUGUCCAGCUCCUUGUAUUUUUAGUUCAAAAUUUUCGAGUCGACAACUCUCUUCUGGAGAAACGUGGUGCUCUGAUAAUUCGCCGACUGUGUGUACUAUUAGAUGCUGAAACAGUUUACCGAAAGCUAUCUACAAUUCUUGAAGGAGAAUCUGAUUUGGAUUUUGCGUCUAUUAUGGUUCAGGCUUUGAACUUGAUUUUGCUCACUUCAUCUGAGUUGUCUGGCCUUCGUGACCUCCUCAAACAAUCCCUGUCUAAUGAUGCUGGGAAAAAAUUAUUUCUUGCUUUAUAUGCCUCAUGGUGCCAUUCUGCAAUGGCUAUAAUAAGCCUUUGCUUAUUAGCUCAGACUUACCAGCAUGCAAGUUCCGUCAUUCAAUCUAUGGUUGAGGAGGAUAUCAAUGUUAAGUUUUUAGUCCAGUUGGAUAAAUUGAUUCACCUUCUAGAGACUCCUACAUUUGCUUACCUUAGGCUACAGCUCCUCGAACCAGGAAGAUAUAUAUGGUUGUUGAAAGCCUUGUAUGGUCUCCUGAUGCUCCUUCCCCAGCAAAGUGUAGCCUUCAAGAUUCUUCGGACUCGAUUAAAAACUGUGCCUUCCUUCAGUGGUGAACAGUUCAAUCAAAUAUCGUCAGGAAACUCGUUUUUGGAUGCUAAUUACAUAGUUGGAGGUGGUGACCUAAAUGAAGCUUCAAGGAGUAUUCACAAUGGAAUAAACUUUGCUUCGAGCCUGCAGAAGUUUGAGCACAUUCAGCAACAGCACCGUAGGCAUUCGAAGAUGCAGGCACAGUAUCGCAACAGUUCUACUUCAUCCACAAAGGAUGUACAAAGACUAGAAUCAAAGGGGUCUUUGACCGUGCCAGACAUGAAUAGGCCUCCUUCAAGAUCGUUGCGCAGAGGUCCUGGCCAGUUGCAACUUUAA